CGAGACAAGAAACGAGAGAAUUAAUAGUUAAUAUCGUUUACGUCGAACUUUGCUUACUUUCACUUGUUUAUUUAUAUUAGUUUAUUAUAUAAGCAAUUAUCAGUGAAAGAUAGAAAGGACAGAUCCAGUUGUUAGGCCUCAUUUGGACUUGGAAGUUGGAGUAUUAACACUAUUUUGUUCAGUCUUGGUCUCCAUAUCUUAAGAAAGACAAUUGCUGCCUGAAUCAGGUGUUAGGAAAAGGAGGACUACUACUAGUUAUGAUGAUUCCUGUGAUGUAGAGGCUAGAGGCUGUCAUAUGAAGACAGGUUAACUUAAGGUCCUUAAGUUGAAAUUAUUUUCUUUUCAGAAAAGAAGGAUUAGAGGGAAUUUGGUUGAUGUGUUCAAAAUUAAAAAUUAAUUAAUAGGAUUGAUGAACCAACUUUAUUUUUAAUAGUAAGAAGACAAAGAUUUAAAAUUUGGCAGGUAAAAGUCAUCUGUAACUAGGCAAUUUUAUUUUAUGAACAGGGUAGUCAGCCUUUGGAAUAGAUUGGCAUCAGAUGUGGUAAACACAACAGGAUUGGGAGAGUUCAAGAAAAUGCUUGAUGAAUACUUAAAAAAAUUAGGGCUUGAUUUUGUUAGAAAAAUAAAACUGGAACUUUAUAAGGUAGCAGUGGAAAGAGUUUAGUUGGAGACUAUGAAAUGGCUGAGGUUUUAAAUAUUUUCUUCUGUUUGUACAAGAGAGGAUGUUGAGCACUAUUCUUGGUCCUCAGCAUACUAUGGGAAACAUUGUAGUUGGCCUGAGUCAUGUAGAUAUUAAUCCCUUGGUAGAAAGAUUGACUCCUUAAACCUAAGCGGAUGGUGCUAGCAUCCGACUGAAAGUGAAAAUCCUGAUUUACACAUCGGACAGUGACAUCAUCUGAUAACAUUUAUUUCUUUUUGGCUGAAACUAAUCCAACCAUAUUUAACUAAGGAAGAAGACAGACCAAUGUUCUGUUGAAACAUGUAGUAUGUUCCAUGAUCAAUAAAACUUUUCCUUAUGCUUAUAAAUUGUUGUUUGCCUACCUAUUAUUAAUCCAACCAUGUUAUUAUCCACCUUUUAUUAAUAGACCAGAAGUUCAGUGAAGCAUUGUCAUUUGUUUUGAAACAAAUUUCAGAUCAAUGGCAGAACGAGCUAAAAAUUACGGGUUUAAAGAGUUAAGAGAUUAAAAACAGAUAAGGUACCAGCACUAGACAAUAUUUUCUCCAGGGUUUUAAAGGAGGUAAAAAAGUCAGGUAUCAAAGGCUCUCUCUCAUUUUUGGUAGGUCAAUAGACAGUGGGUGCAUGAGGAUUGGAAAGUUCAUAGGUUAAUCCUGUUUUUAAAGGAGGUAAUAAGAGUUGUCUUGGAAAUUAUAGGUCAAUUGGCCUGACUUCUGUUGUGGAAAAAAAAUGCUGGAGUCUGGUAAGAGAAUCUUUAUAAAAUAGUUUAAUGAAAUACAAUAUCAAAGAAAGCCAAAAUUGAUACACCAAAGGAAAAUCUGGCCUUACUAUUAUGUUAUCUUCUUUUGGAGGAUGUUACUUGUUAUCUAGUGAAUAAAAAGGAUGUUGACUUGGCCUUCUUAACUUUUUAAAAGGUACCUCACAAUUGAUUAGCUAACAAAAUUGUGUCAGUAAUACUAAUAGGUAUUAGAGAAAGAGUAGUUAAUUGAAUUGUAAGGUAGUUGGACAAAAGAAACCUAAAAGGUUGUUAUUGAUGUAAUCCAAUUAAACUGGACCCUUGUGACUAGUGAAGGCCUCAGAGAGAGAGAGAGGUAUUAAGUGCUUCCUAUCAAGUUUAUGAAAAGGUUAUACAAGCAGUUGGUUGUCAAGUAUGCCACCUCAGAGGUUAGAUAUAACAGUGCCUGAUUCUUCUGUGGAAAUGUUAAAGAAUGGUUCACUUGAAGUGUUAAAGCAUGUAAGGAAGAACUGGAAAUCGAGUGAUAUCUGUUUCAAAGUGUUUACUGAUGGUGUGACAAAUCGUUUACUAGGCUGCUACUUACCUAGUGACCCUGAAGACAUGGUUCUAAUACGUGUAUAUGGAAGAAAUACUGACUUGUUCAUUGAUCGAAAAGAUGAGCUACAGAACAUGGAACUUAUGCAUUCAGCAGGUCUAGCAGCACCUGUGUAUUUAGCCUUUAACAAUGGUUUAGCCUACCAGUUUGUGCCUGGUGUUGUGGGAGAUGAAAGAAUGGUGCAGGAACCAACCAUUUAUAGGCUGAUUGCGAAGACCAUGGCCCACAUGCACACACUAAAGCCCUUGAAUAAUGAAAAAUACAGAAUACCCAGUCUUUUUCCUGGAAUCCGCAAGUUUUUAAACCUUGCUUCACCAACAUUCCAAGAUUCAGUAAAGAACCAAAGAUUUUUAAGUAAACUUUCUACUAUACAAGAUCUAUACAAUGAAAUUAACCAUCUAGAAGACCACUUAGUUCAGCUUGGCUCUCCUGUCGUGUUCUGUCACAAUGACUUGCUUCUAAAAAAUAUAAUCUAUAAUGAAGAAAAAGGACAAGUUUCGUUCAUUGACUUUGAAUAUGCACAUCAAAAUUUUCAGGCUUUUGAUAUAGCAAAUCAUUUCUGUGAGUUUUGUGGUCUAGAAUCAUUCCAACCAGAAUUAUACCCAAGUCAAAAAUUUCAAAAGGAAUGGCUCAGGAUUUACUUAGAAGAGUGGUUCUGUUUAAUUGGACAUAGUAGCAGGAAAGUGUCACCCAAAGAUGUGGAAACUUUAUAUGUUCAAGUUAACAAGUUUGCCUUGGGAGCACACUUAUUCUGGGGCACCUGGGCUUUAGUACAAGCAUCACACUCAACUAUCGACUUUGAUUAUCUUGGGUAUGCCAUAGACAGAAUUGGGGAAUACUAUAAGAGAAAGGAGGAAUUCCUAGACUUGUCAGAAAAUAAGUAUGUGGAAAACGUGAGCUAACUAUCCAAAUCUGUGCAUCAGAGUUAAUUCUGAUUUUGUUCUACCAGGAAAUAAAAGAGAUUAAUGUAAAAAUUAUUUUAUGCUAUAUAUAUUAAAGUUUGAGUAAUAUGUAAGCGGAACCUUUAAUUUUAAGUGUGAAUAUUUUUAAAUGGUUUUUACUCUUUCAUAAAUCAUUGACCACUCGACAACCAAACCAGAAAUAGGUUAUAUUUUUUUAUGAGUAUUAGAUUACCUUAGAAUAUAGAAAUAUAUAAAGAAUAUUCAUUUUAAAUCAUCAUAAGAGAAAUAGUUUUUGUUUUUAUUGUACCUUACAAAUUCAAAGCAAAUAUGAUGCUAACAAUAUUGCUUGACCUCUAUAAAGUGAAAGCCUAGAAUUGACAAGUUGUAGGCAAUGAUGUAUCAUAUGCAUGUUUAUUCAAUAGUACUGAAAUAUGCAGUGUAUUUAUGAAAGUAUAAAUCUGCAUGUGUGUAUGUAUUCAUUUAUAGACCCAACAAUUUAUGAAUAAUGGACCAUAUGCUAGAUCAGUUGGAUUUGUGAAUUGUAUGAAUAAAAAAAAAUCUUUGUUUUCCUACUUUGA